AGACAAAAUGAGUCGGGAUUAUUUUGGCUUCUCUUUAAUGCAACCAAGAAAUGGAGCAAACAAUGGCACCACUGUCGUAUACGCUGUCAACAACCCAGCAGACAUAUCAGUCAUUGUGUUGUACUUUAUUCUCGUCCUGGCUGUUGGAAUAUGGGCCAUGGUCCGUACCAACCGGUCGACGGUGGGGGGGUUCUUCCUGGCAGGGAGGAGUAUGGUGUGGUGGCCGAUUGGCGCAUCUCUCUUUGCCAGCAACAUUGGCAGCGGGCAUUUCGUGGGCAUCGCAGGAACAGCAGCUGCUUCAGGCCUCGCCAUAGGAGGGUUUGAGUGGAAUGCCCUUGUGGUGGUGGUUAUUCUUGGCUGGCUGUUCGUGCCCAUCUACAUCAAAGCAGGGGUGGUGACCAUGCCAGAGUACCUGAAGAAGAGGUUUGGAGGACAGCGCAUUCGCGUCUACCUGUCUGUGCUCUCUCUCUUCCUCUACGUGUUCACCAAGAUCUCAGCAGACAUGUUUUCUGGUGCCAUCUUUAUCAACCUGGCUCUGGGACUGAAUAUUUACCUGGCUGUGAUUCUACUGCUAUUGAUCACUGCUCUGUAUACAGUCACAGGUGGACUGGCUGCAGUGAUCUACACUGACACCUUGCAGACUGUCAUCAUGUUGGUAGGGUCGUUCAUCCUCAUGGGCUUUGCUUUCAACGAGGUGGGAGGCUACACGAGCUUCCAGGCCAAGUACAUGGAAGCCAUCCCCGCCUUCGUCGGAGUGAACAUCAGCGAGAAGUGUUACACACCUCGACCAGACUCCUUCCACAUCUUCAGGGACGCCAUCACAGGAGACCUGCCCUGGCCCGGCCUGGUGUUCGGACUCACCAUCCAGGCCACGUGGUACUGGUGCACAGACCAGGUUAUUGUCCAACGUUGUCUCUCUGCGAAGAACCUUUCUCACAUGAAGGCCGGCUGUAUCCUGUGUGGCUACCUGAAACUCCUCCCCAUGUUCCUCAUGGUCUUCCCUGGCAUGAUGAGCAGAAUCCUCUACACAGAUGAGGUGGCGUGUGUGGACCCAAAGGAGUGUCUGCGGUAUUGCGGUGCGAGUGUAGGCUGCACCAACAUUGCCUAUCCCAAACUCGUGGUUGACCUGAUGCCAAACGGUCUGCGAGGCCUCAUGUUGUCGGUGAUGCUGGCCUCUCUGAUGAGCUCCCUCACCUCCAUCUUCAACAGCGCCAGCACCCUCUUCACCAUGGACAUCUACACCAAGAUACGCAAGUCAGCCACUGAGAAGGAGCUUAUGAUCGCUGGCAGGGUGUUCAUAAUCGCUCUUAUUGGGGUGAGCAUCGCGUGGAUCCCUGUGGUACAGUCUGCACAGAGUGGGCAGCUGUUCGACUACAUCCAGUCCAUCACCAGCUACCUGACCCCGCCCAUCGCUGCCGUUUUCAUGCUCGCCAUCUUCUGCAAGCGCGUCAACGAAGCCGGUGCGUUCUACGGGCUUCUGAUUGGCCUGUGCAUCGGCCUAUCCCGGAUGAUCGCAGAGUUUGCCUUCGGCACGGGGAGCUGCGCCGAGCCCAGCGUCUGUCCCACCAUCAUCUGCGGGGUUCACUACCUCUACUUCUCCAUCAUCUUGUUCUCCAUCUCCUGCAUCCUCAUCGUGUCCAUCUCCCUCAUGACCAAACCCAUCGAGGACAAAUACCUCUAUCGCCUGUGUUGGAGCCUCAGGAACAACACAGAGCAAAGAGAGGACCUGGAAAAGGACGACUGGGUCGACAACCAAGACUCCCUGGAUAUAGAGGAGCCCACGGAGGAGCCUGGCCGCUGUAAGAAGCUCUUCCUGGGCUUCUGUGGCCUGGAGCAGAGCAAGGCCCCCAAGCUCACCCAGGAGGAACAGGAGGAACUCCAGAAACAGCUGACAGACACCUCUGAGGUUCCUCUGUGGAGGAACGUGGUGAACGCCAACGCCCUCAUCCUGCUGUGUGUGGCCGUGUUCCUGCACGGCUUCUACGGCUAAGGCUCUCCCCUCGGGAAGGCCCCCCCUGCUCCUGUGGUCCUAAGGGAGUCAGGUGGCUGAGCGGUGAG